UUCAUUUAGGUUUGUUGUGCUUUGACUUCGCUUGGGCAAAGACGUUACGAUUUUAUCCGUACACUCACUCCGUCGAACCGUCAUUGUUUUCGUGUGUCGUUUAUUUUCGUAUAAGUAUCUCAUUUCUUGAAACACCACGAGAAAAUAGUCGGUUCGAAAAUAGUUUUCCCAUUCCGAACAAACUGUCAACAGGCGCGCGAAACACAGAAUGCAUAUGUCAUGUCAAUUAAAUGGAUUUAAAUUAAAUAUUUAUCUUUGACAUUAACAUACACACAUUAUUGUCUACAUUAUACGCUAUGAAAUGAGAUUCAAGAAGAAAAAGUAACUAAAAAAACUUAAUAACCGAAUUUUCGAAGUGUUACAACUACAACAAUUUACGACUGUCACUGGUGAUAUUCGAAAUAGUGCGUUUUUAUUUUUGGAUCAUAUCCAAUCCUAAUCUCACUGAAGUGUACAAAUUAAAUUGUUAAAUAAUUGUUUAGCAAAACAAAGAAAACAAAAUAUAUACAUAUGUGCAUAGAAUAAUUUAAAAAAAGGAAGAAAAUGUAUUAGGUAUUUAAAAAUUAUAUCUUCUUAAUCAUUUUCAAAGAGGAGACAAUAUCUCGAAAUCGAAAUCCUUGCAAAUGAUCAAUCUGUGGCCCUCUAUAUUGAUUUAGAAUUUCAUUUUCAUCUCGCAUUCAGUCUCGGUGUGUUUAUUUAUAUUCUCGUGAAAGGGGAAUAUCCGAAAGUCUCCUUGCAGCCCACCACCGCGACCGCAUCAUCACCCCUCAUAUUCACCUCUUAAUCUCCCGCGCUCCCAUUAUUUCUUCGCUUCGCGUGUUCUAUUUUUGGAUUAAAAAUUUUAUUUGAAAAACGAUUUUCUUUGAUUUCGAUUUUACUCCUCUUUAUAUAUUAUUUUAUUUUCGAAAAAUAAAAAUUUGAAAACGACCGAUUCGAUACACGGGAUGAAUAGACCGUUUCCUUGUCCUCACAUUCACCUUUGUUUUGGAGGAAGGAUUUUCGGAUAGAAAAAUAAAAGUUUAAAAAGUUGCAGUUGCACUUCUUCUGAACGGAAAUAGAUACAUUUAAAAGAAGUUUAUUCUAAUCUGUAAGAAAGAUCACGCACCCGAACGUGAAAGUGAAAACGAAAAACCUGCGCGGAGAAUAUUCAGCCCUAAAAAUCACUCAUACGACCGAGUGCAUCGCGGAAAAAAGUCUAAAUAUAGUGCUGACAUCUGGAAAAGUGAUUUGGUACUUAAACAAAAUAUCUAUAUACCAAAAAGUGAUUUCCAUCGGGGAGAGAAAUAAUCAAAAUAUAUUUUCCGUCUGUUAUUUGACACCACCGCACCGCAGCAGCAGCGGUACCAUAGCUGAGUCUGAGUCUACGAUGUGUGCUUUGUUUUGUGCGUGAGAAGAGGUGAACCCGUGAGUGAUAUGUGCGUAUCUAGUUACAUACAUUGUUCUUUUAUGUAAAAUAAAUUUAUAUUGUUACCAAGAGAGAGGGGUCGAGCGAGUGAUACAUAUAAAAUUAAAAAAAAAUUAUAUACUCGAUGGUCAGGUUUUGAUUGGUGCAGAUAACCGUGUAAGUGAUUUUUUCUAUCCUAAUGGUAAAAGCUUGCUCGUAAAAAGUGCGUGGGAGAGUGUUUCGGAUUAACGCAGUACAAACCAGCAAACUAUAAAAAAAACAACAAGAUGACAACAAAAGCAUCACCUCCGGCCACAUCAAAUCCUGCCACAAAUUCUGGUGUUGUCAAGAUCAAGAAGGAGUUACCCAGCGAUGAAAUUAAGGAAUUCGCUGAGACAGCAAUGAAUGAACUUCUUGGAUGGUAUGGCUAUGAUGGUGUGGACCGUUUAGAUUUAUCAUCAAAAACCUCCCGUCUAUUACAAUCUGCAGCUUCUGCGAAUCAUAUGGAAAAAGCCAGAAGCAGAAGUCGAAAUGGUUUAAGUGAUAGUCGACAAAGCAAUCGACGUGGUGACAGUACAACAUCGGAUCAUGAUACGCACAGUUCUAGGGAAGAUUCAAAAAGUCCGAAUUCGGGGAAAGCUAUCGAUGAGAAACCAGAUUAUAAUAACUGCGUUUGGUGCCGUCGACCAGUGCCCGACAAUUCAACGGACUUCCUUACAACUGCCGAUGGACCAAGGUAUUGCUCGGAGUCAUGUUUUACCCAAAGCAGGCGAGCUUCGUUUAAGAAGGCUAAGACAUGUGAUUGGUGCCGACAUGUGAGGCAUGCGGUGAGCUAUGUCGACUUUCAAGAUGGUGCUUCCCAGCUUCAGUUUUGCUCGGAUAAGUGUCUCAACCAGUACAAGAUGCAAAUCUUUUGUAAAGAAACUCAGGCACAUUUGGACAUGAAUCCGCAUUUAUGUGACAAGGGUUUGGAAGCUGCAAGUGGGAGUGGUGGACUCAUAACGCCGGACCUGUGGCUUCGAAACUGUCGCAGUAGAUCAGCGUCACCUGCCUCAACAGUGUCAGUUUCACCUUCUCCGGCCACACCCACACCACAGAUUAUACCAACGCAACCACACAAACCCUUAAUCUCAGUGGCUCCAGUCUCGAAAUUGAUGUCGAAAAGUCCGGGCAUCAUGAACAACCGACAGUCACCCAAGCAUAGUAGGAAAAAGAGGCCUUCACGAGCUGCAACGUCUAGUGUUGGUCCCAACAGUAGCAACAGCAACAGAACCACCAACAGUAUAAACAACAACAAUAACACAAACAUUUCAAACAAAUCAAAGAUUCUAGCUAAUAGUUUGACGGCAAGCCCCAAACUUCCACCAAAGCCAUUUUCAAGUGUCCAGGACUUUCAAAACAUAAAUGCUCCACCGAUAUCUCCGAUAGAUGUCCCAACACAGCCCUCACAGCAACAUCCAGCAGCACGUCCAUCAAACCUUCCAUCUGGGUUCUUUCCGGGUCCGUCUUUUCCCCCAAGACCGCCGUUUAUGCCCCAACCCCACCCGAGGUUCUAUGGCGGGCUUCAACAUCUAUUUCCGCCACCGGACGCUGUUUCGGGGCUACUGGGUGGCAUCCCACCUGUGACAGUAAUGGUGCCAUAUCCCAUUAUAAUCCCGCUUCCCAUACCGAUCCCAAUACCGCUGCCAAUAAUGGACUUUGUAAGGGCUGCUCAGAAGAAGGAGGAAGCCGCAAAACCAUCUGAAACACCAACUAACAGCAAUACCAAACCUUUAGAACAAAAUGAUGAACCCCUCGACUUCACAAAAUCGAAAGAAGAAGAACCUACGCCGCCACCACCUCCACCCGCAGUGGAGCUUCCCGAAAGCCCUCCAGAUACUGAACGACUUACACCUGCUGCAUCUAAAGAUCAGCCCCCGAACAACUCUGAAGAUAAUCCUGAUGACAGUUAUAAGGAGGAGAAACUGCCAAAGCUUAAAAUUACACGGCUGCAUAGCAAGCGGCUUGUGGCCGCCACUUCAAACUCACAGCCUUGUUCUGCAGCAACAACGAGCUCGACGACGACGACGCCAACUGUUCCCAAAGAAGCCCAAACCUCACCCAGUGAAUGCAGUAGGCCGUUAAGGAAACGGAAACGAAUAAUAGACUGUGACUUCCAGCGAAUGGCUUCGAAGGAAGUGGAUGUCGAAGACACUACUCCUUUAGCAAAUAAGCAACGGAAAUAAAUUUGAAAAACAAAUAUUAUAAUUUUCCUUAUUAAAAUUAAUAUUACGUAUGCGACAUCUUGUGCAAUUGCUUGUUGUUGAAGUUAUUGUUGUUUCGUUCAAAAUAGUCCUAUUUCUGGCAGAAAUGCAUUUUUCAUUUUUUUAUUUGUGUGUUGAAAACUCAUGUUUUUGGAGGGAAAAAUGCUUUUAAAGCCGAUGCAAACCCACCUCCCCCGCUUUAUUAUUUUUGUUUUUUAAUGAUGUUUUCCUUUUAUAAAAAUUGUUGUUAAUUUGUCCUCAAUACUUUAUAGAUGGAGAAACUUUAUGUGUAAUUAUUUAUUUAAGUAAUUUUUAAGUUUAGAACUAUUUUUUUUGUUUGUUUAUUUUUAUAAGAAGAAUUCAAAUACAAUAUAUCGUGUAAGUAAAACGUUUUGAAAUAAAUUUUAAAAUUGUA